CAACAAGUUUAGUAAUUGAUUGUUUUAUUUAGUUAUCUUUAAUUCAAGUAUGUUCAAAAAGUUUUGUCUUCUUGUUUUUAAAUUUGUUCAUUGUUUUGUCAAUUUUUGAAAUUGUAUUUUUAUUUUAUUUUUUUAGCUUGUAGGAUGCUUGUACACAAGAUUAUUCUUACGUAAUAUAGCACAGUUUCUUUCUUUCUUUCUUUCCGUAAUAAUCAACGUCAAAAGUUCUUCAUUGAAAAACAAUUUGAAAAAAUCAACCCGGCUAAUUGCAUUUUUUGCAUCCUGUGAGGGUUCACUAGGGCUACAGACAAUCACAAGGUCACUAUUAUUUACUCGGCCAGUAUCAGGAUCAGGCUCCCGUCAUCUUGAUUUUUGGUACGCGUACUCUGUUUGUUGCUUUGUAUUGUUAUUGCCUUUUAGGUUUUUCUGACGGGCAGAUAAGGGCAGUAAAUCUUCAGGAUCAGAAUCGUCAGUCAUUUACGUAAGCUAUUUCACAUUCCUGGGAUAGGAUUCCGCGAGGUAGGUGAUUUAUAUUCGCUGUAUGCUCGUCGUCAGAUUCGUCGCUAUCAACUUCGGUCUCAUUUCCAUCAUCUGGAGGUAAAAUAUAGAUGUUAGAUUCCGGCAAGUCGUCGUCCUCCUUUAAACAGUCCAUUGAGCUAAGGUCAAUCUGCAAUAAAGGAGACAUAGCGCUUAGCGUCCCUUAUACAUAUGUAGUAACGUAUUUUACAUGCGGUUCAAAUCAGGGGUUCGAUGACCUUUACUAUUUUCUUUGAACAUUAUUUAUAAAGAUUCAAUUAGUAAUUAAUGCGGAAAAUGUUUAUUUAGACAUACAUAAAAUAAAACUUACCCUUGACCCCUAGUAGAGUACAUAGAGGGAUCCAUUUUCAAUAAUAAUUUCGCGAGAAAUAGAAAACAAAAACACCUGACACGUCGAAUCAAGUGUGCUAAAUACGCUUUGCGACUAUAAGUGCUCGAUGAAUCCCCACUUUUUUUAUCGCAAGGAAUUUGUUGGUCCUUUAUAAGGGACGCUAGGUAUUAAUGGGUUAAGAUACGGUAUCAUAGCCUGGGGAGGACUUUACAAUAAUGCUCUCAGUCAAUUAAAUGUAAUUCAGAGUUACCUAUUAAAGAUUAUUUCAGGAAAUAUUAUCUAUAUCCAACAAAUCAACUAUACAAUGAAAGCAUUUUAAAUGUUAGAGGUCUAUACUUUUUAAGCAAUUAUAUUUAUUGUUUUAGAAAUAAAAAUCAACAGCAUGUAGAUCAUGUUUAUCCUACCAGGAAUAAUUAUAAUAAUAUGUUGAUUGUCCCUUUUAGAAGGUUUGAUGGUAACCAGAGAUUUGCAUCUGUAGUUGCACCAAAAAUAUAUAAUUUAUUACCUAAAAGUAUAAGAGAACUAAAAAAUUAUUAUCAAUAUUUUAAACAGGCCAAAAUAUUUAUCGCAAAAUACGUGAAUAAUCUGUUAAAAUGUUUGUAAUUUAUUGUGAUGUUUUGUCAGAUUGUUUAAGAUCAAAUGAGGAGCAGACUUGCAAAAUGCGGUUUGUCUAAAAUUGUAAAUUUUCAGGAAACAUCAAAAACUGUUGCUACGAAUCGGUCUUACUUACCGAGUUAGGACUUAGGAAAAAUUAUGAAAAUUUAGGAUAAGUAAAUACUAAUUUGGAAAAAAUUUUUGGGUAAAUUACCACCAAAAAAUUGUGAUAUAGUAACUCAGCUUUCAGCAAAAUAUUAUGGGUGGAACUUUUUUUCUUUAACAAAAGUCUUCGACAAGAAUGAAUCCUAGUCACUUUUUUCAGAUGCAGCAAAAGUUUUUUAUGUCAAGUAAAUGCCAGUCAGUUCCAAGUUUUUGUACGCCAUCCACUUUGGUGUAGAUAUCCCAAUAUUGAUCUGGAGUUUUUAUAAUACUAACCUUAAGCUUUUUUCAAUGCGUCCAAAGAUACGAUCGGCGGGGAGAUAAGAGUGACCUCUAAUUGGAAAUAUGAUUUCUAUGUCCCUAAUCUGCUCACAUGAAAACGUUUGGAGCCAAAACAUUAAAGCAUGCACAACAUGAUUAUUUUUAUUUUGUCCUCCACACCCAUCUGCAAAAUAACGGAUUUUUGUCGCAUUGUCUAGAAAUGUAAGUUUUUUCAAAAAAUCGAUAAGAGCGGAAGAUAUCUCAGUCGCCCCUCUACCUGCUUGGUGCUCCAUCCACGUAUAGAAUACUGGGUCUUUACAAUUAAGUUUGGUAAUGCAAAAAAAGUAUAUUGACAGCUGUUGGGCGUAAAAUGCCUCCUGAAUAGGGACCUUCGAUAAUACCUGAACUUGUUGCAGAUCAAAGCAAUAUGAAAUGGUAUUGGGAUCUUCAACUUUCAUUAAUUUAUGAAAUUGUGAUGCACGGAAUUUAUGCACUUUUAGUUUAGUACAUAACUUUUGUUUUUGUGUAGCAAUUUGAGACAUACCAAUUUUGGUUUGCGUUCUAACGCAGUAGCUACAGACGUCAGUAGCGGGACUACCGAAUCCUAUAUUAAAGUAUUUACUAAACACCCGGCUGAAAUAUUUGUAAUUUACUUUCAGAUUUUUUGGUGAUUUUUUGUUAUAUAAUUGCCAAAGUAUAGAAAUGCUGUAUUCUGAUAAUACAUAAAUCCGUCGAGACUUUUUUCUUCUAUAGUGGCUUUCCUUUCCUUGUAACUGACUAAUAAAAGAUCUUACAGCAUUCAGUUUACCCACAAACUUAAAAGUGCGUCUAUCCCCUCCCCUUUUUUAUGUUAAAACUGUUUCCCCACUUUGCACUUUCCUGCAAAUGGUAUUCACCCUCCUCUGACCAACAUUGACAGCCAUUAUAAACUUCUGACAAACCUGCAAUUUUUGUUGCUUAACGAAAACCUAAAUAAAAUUUGGUGAAACAUUCAAACUAAAAAAAAAUUUAAAAAUCCAUAUUUUUUUUAAAUAAAAAUACAUGUAUAUAACAGCGUGGGGAUUUGAGCACUUUUAGUUUAACUUACGCAAUAUUUUACUGCAAAAGAGUGAGGUUUUCCAUCAGCCUUGCGACACCUUUUUCGUUUAGGUAUAUCUAAAGUAAUGUAACUGGCUAAAAUUCCAUCUUGAACGGUUUUAUUGGAUUUUCUAUAAAAAACUUGCCGAAGUUUAAUUACAUCUUCUCGACUCACUUGCUGACGUUUUAAAUUUGAAUUAUUUUUAUGGUUGCAAGCUAUAUUAAAUUGCUCUAAAUCGGGAUCAUGGUUUGAAUACCUUAAAAUAGUAUAAAGUUGUAACAAAAAUAAAUAAGUCUUAAAAAAUAAAUUCAAACCUCACUUGUUUGUUUCUUUCUCUAGUUGUUAAAUUAAUUUGUCGCUUUCGGCUACCCCGGUCACUAUCACCAAGAAUGUGCUCACCAUCUACAGACUCCAUUGUGAUUUAAACUUCACGAAAAAGUAAUGAAACAAACACAAAAUACUUGUACAUAAAUAAAACCACACCGACAGAAAUUAGGUUAUCAAACAAACAUAUUUACAUCUGGACCAAACGCGAUUUGUUUUUCUUGUGGACAAAAUACUUUUUGUUUGUCUAAAGGUGAUAAACUAAAUGCUUUUUGCAUGUCUAGGGGAUUUUCGCAAUAUAUUUUAAAUGGUACAAAAUUCGAUUUGAACGUCCAAAAUGACGUGAAAUGAUAGAAAUUCGGUUAAAUAAUGUUGCGCCACCUUUAGUUCAAAAUGUGAAAAUUUGGACAAACUGCGUUUUGCAACUCUGCUCCUCAAAUGGGUAUUUCUUGGGGAUUGUUAAUGUAAAACUAUCUCAAUGAUCAUUGAAUAUAAAUUUUGUUAAUAAUAAUCAAUAUUGUUAGUAAGUUAAGGCUACAGGAAUACAUUAUUUCACUUGUGUUAUAAUUUAAUAUUAGGAAUAAUGUAUAAUAAAUUUCUGCACAUACAGGUAAACACCUACAUAGGUGCAUGAAACAAAUUUGUGAAACUCAGAUCUAGAGAUAUGAUUAUACACAUGUUUGUACUGUACAUUUUCUAAAUAAAUAAAUAAAUAAAAUAAUUACAUUUGAACUUUUUAUCUUAAAAUUAUGCAAAUAAUUGCAUGUCAAAUUUAUUGUGCAUACUGAAUUAAGACAGACCCUGUAUAUUUCCUUAUAGUUAAAUGUUUUAGUAUAAAAUGAACUGAACUUGUCAAUAAAUCAGUAAAUAAAUAAAUAUUAUCAAAGUAAAAUAAAAAAAAUAUAAAUAAGGCGUGUCUAAUAUUUUUACCAUAAAAAUUCAAUAUAUUUUUAUACCGAUAAAUUACUUUGGCAUAAUUAAUUUAUGAUGAACCAACAUUUAAAAAAAUUCGAACAUUUUUAUGGCACAGUUGUUGCAUUUUAGCAAAUAUCUGCUGUUACCAAAUAAUUGUGUCAAUAGUGGACAAAAAAUUGGGGCGUUGCUAAUUCCGAGCUUAUAUAAAACCUUUGGGUUAAUGAAUUGUAAAUCGGCGUCGAUCUUAUUAUUGAAUAAGAAUUAUUUGAACGGCAAAUAUAAAGUGAAAUUUUUAGAUGAAACCGCACAGCUUCGAUAAAAGUUAUUAGUAAAAAAAAAAUACGUCAAUCAAUUCGAUUCUUAAAUUGUUCCAUUUCGUGCACUUCCUAAAAACCGAGUCAUUUAUAAUGGUUGGUUUCUCUCUUUUUACGUUUUCUGUCUAUUUCAUAGACUUCUUAGAUCUGUAUCCCCUCCUUUAGCUAAUAAGACGGUCUUACAACUUACUUGGUAUAAAGCCUUGAGUUGGCAAAUUUUCGUCAGUCCGCCAAAUAGCAAUAAACCCCAUAUUAGGAUUAUAUGUUUCUUUGCAAAAUUAUAUAAUGGUGUUCUGCUUUCUUCUUGUGGUAACAUGCAUCCUGGUAUCACCAUUAAACGCACAAGAGUAUGAAGAAAUAAACGUCCUAUCAAAUUUUGACAUACAAUACCAAAGUGACACGGGAGGUGUGUCCGACCAGGGUGGUCAAGCUGUAUCAGCAGGGGACAAAAAACAAGGUCUCAGUGUUGGUAGUAGUUUAAGAAGCAUUGCAGAAGGAUCUUCAAAUACAGCAAAAGAUGCUGUAAACAAUCAGGACGCCGCUGGCUACCAGGCGGCCUAUGUGGCCAAGAAUACCCUAGCGCAAUCUGCAGCCGGAGCAUCCGCAACUGCCCAAGCUGCCCUAGCAGGGAAACAAAUUAUCCUUCAAGGACUCGAACAGCAAUUCAGAGAUGCUCAACAAGCACUUAUGGGAGAACAGCAACAACUUAUGCAAGCACAAAGAGCCGCAGACUCAACCAACCGUGCUGCGCAGGAAGCUCGCGCACACGUGAACGUUCUUCAGCAAACAUUGAAUGCUGCGCAAGCUGCUGCCGAUCAUGUUACUCAAGCAGCUUCAGAGGCAGCGGGGGAGCUAGCAGCUCAGCAAUCAAUGGUGGGUUCAGCAAUGCAACGACUAGAUCAAAUCGGUCAGCAAUUAAAGAGUGUCAGGAUUGACUUCCAAGCGACGCAAGCAGCAGCUCAAAAGGCUCAGGUCGCUGCGCAGGUGGCAGCAGCUAAUGCUGCUGCAGCCGCUGCUAAGGCGGCUGCUGGAUUAGCGAAGGCGGCGCAAUUGCCUCCACCUCCUCCUCCACCAGAGCAACCAAGUGGAAACGACAACGGAGGGAAAUCAGGUGCGGGCGCCGGUAAAGCUGCUGGAGGUAAAGGAAAACUUACUGCUCCUUACAAGCGCGAAUUUUAUAAUCAUUUUGAAUAUGAAAGAUAACUACAAAUAAAUGGCGUAUUGCUACUUUUUUUAUACUUUUCAUUAAAUAAACCAGGUCAAAAUUAAUAGUUUAUUUUUCUGGACAAUCGUCUGCGGCACCAUCCUCUGUUAAAUAUUAGAACUUUUUAAAAGUUUUAGGAAAAGCUGGAUUUUAACCAGUAUUCUAGCUUCUUCUAUUAAAAUUUAUUAUUUCAAACUACCAUCCUAGGAUAAUUCUAGUUUUAUCCUUUAGGAUGGCUACGUAGUAUACCACUACUGGGCAACAUAAUUAACUUCUUCAUGCCAUAAAACACUUCUUAAAGCAAAAAAUUGGCGUCAAAGACUGAAACAAUACCUAGGGAAUGGUAAGGAGAAAUACAUAAUCACGUGUCUUAACUUAUUCUGAGGUUGGUGAUCUUUAACAUCAUUGUCACGAAGAGUAUUAUAGCGAGAAUAUAUUUUGUAAAUAAAGUUGUCAUAUU